AUGGUCAGAGAACUUGUGGAAAUACCAGUUCAGAAUAAUGUGGUAGGCAGAGCUAGUGAGGUAUUUGCAGAUGAGGAGUCAAGAGAUAAUGAAGAAGUUAAACAGGCUAUUUUAAGUGCUUAUGAUUUGGUACCAGAAAUGUAUCGACUGCAGUUCAGAAACAUGAAGGAACCAGGCCAGACUUGCGUUGAGUUUGAAAGAAUUAAACAUAGUCAAUUUGAUGGGUGUGGGCUUGAAAAAUUGGUUGAAGAAUAUGCCAUUAAUUUGUGGAACUGGGCAGUAACCAAAAGACUAGAAUCCUCAAUUAAUGAUGAACAAAGGACACAAUUGCGACAUGUGGCAUGCAAGUUGGUCUGCUUGUAUGACUGUGCUGAACCCAAUGAAGUGACACUGCAAAGACAAGUACUGAUGUUCAUGAAAACUGGAAAAAGCUGGCUGGAUUGUAGGAAACCUUUGUUGGCAGAUGGAUUUCUGGACUUGGCUCUGACAAGUUUGGAGGUAUUGUAUGCAAAGCUACUUGCUGGAUAUGAUGGCCAAUCAGAUAUAAAUGUUCUGAAGAAUGAUGUGGAAAAGGACCUUUUCAAAGUCCACUCCUAUCGGGCAGAAUCAGCUGUGAUUCAGUGUGACCAUAUGAACGCAGUGACUUGUAUCCAACGCUGUAAAGAUAUACUGCUCCGAAUACCUAAAGAGACAGGUUAUUUGACCCUGCUGUGUUACAAUUUUGGAAUAGAAACCUAUCAGCAGAAGAAAUAUGAAGAAAGUGCUUUCUGGUUGAGUCAGAGCUACGACAUUGGGAAAACAGACAAAAGAUAUUCCCCUAGUUCUCCUGUGCAGGCAAAGGUUUUGCGUUUAUUAGCCAAUGUUUAUCUCGAAUGGGACGUCAAGCAACACCAGGAGAGAGCUCUCAAUGCUGUCAUUCUUGCAAAUCAAGAGAAUCCCCAUCCAGCUGGACUCUUCUUGAAGAUUAAAAUCCUUUUGAAGGGUAUUUUUCCUGACCCAGUCAUAUCAGCAGCAGUCAGUGAUCUUCUUGGAAAAGUCUCGCUUGAUGUGUGUCUUGAAGCUGCAAAACUCCUAUUGGAACAUGACCGGGAUGAACUAUCCUUUGAAUUUUUGACAAGUUUGUCUAAGCAGUUUGAAACCAGUCAUGAUGUUGGGAAGAUUUUGUUGAUGCAUCUUAUGCAACUGCUACAAAGAGGCAAGGAUGAACUUGCCAAGCAGAAAAUUGAAGACAUUAUAACAGGUCAUUACUCAGGGAAACGACUUUCUUCAGAUAUUUUGACUCGAUUCCACGUUGUUCUUUGGGAAAAGGCAACCAAGAAUUUUGAGGUACAAAAGUGUACAGAGGCUCUCCAAUGGUACAGUUAUUCUUUAAGUUUCUUUUCUGAUGGACAACUAGAUCAGAACCUGGCUAGAUUACAAAGGAACAGGGCAUUGUGUUACCUGCGUCUGAAUCAUCUAGAAAAGGCAAAAGAGGCUGUAAAAGCUGCAGAACAAAUUGACCCAGAUAAUUUCUUCACUCAGUUCAAUAUCUACAAAAUUGCCAUUUUGGAAAGUGAUACACAAAAAGCUAUGGAGGCAAUUAAAACGAUCGGAAAACUGGCAGAAAAGGAGUGUGAACAUGACAGCGUAACCAAUAGAAUUUCAGUGACUGAUUUUUUGAGCCUUGCUGCACAUUUUGCUUUAGAGUUUUUCUUUCCCUGUCAUCCAACUUCUAACUUCAUAAACUACCCGAUCUGGAUGGAAUGGAAAACGGAGUCCCAUAUCACCCUGGGAUGGGCGACGAGUCGGAGACCAGGCCAGCGCAGGAAGCGAGUUAAAGCUGGAGCAGAACGAGCACGGGCCUGGUUCCAGAAGCAAGUUGCAGCCAAUGACCAGGAAGAUGUUGCCAGAAUGGCAUUUGAGUAUUUAUGUGAAUACUCCAAAGACUGCAGUCAAUUGUUAACAGCUCUCAGAUGUUUAAUUCGCCUUGUUCCGUCGAUUACAGGCACAGAUGAUCAACAAACCAGAUUUGAGCGGCUGGACUCUCUUAAAUCAUAUUUAAAGGCUGCUCAUGAAAAACUAACAGUACACAUGGCUGAGGGAAAAAUGACUGUUGAACUGAAGAGUAGUGAAGCAAAUUGGUUUCGAAAAAUAGCCUGGAAUUUAGCUCUGCAGUGUGAGAAUUGUCCAAGCAGAAUGAGAGACUUUUUCACUCUUUCUUAUCGGCUUUCACAGAUGGUCUCAACUGACAAGGCCAUUUUAAUUGGUCAAAAGACUUCUUUAUUAAUGGCUGCAGCAGCUAGUCUAGAGAUAAGUCGGAAAUCACCAAGUACUUCAGAGCAGAUUGCAAGUCUGACUCAGGCACGGGAGCACAUACAAAUUUGUUGGGACAUUUGGACAACACUAAAAGCCACAGUAGGAGAUGUCUCAAAAGAUCCAACCGAAACCCUGUUACUUCUGUAUGAGUUUGAAGCCAGAGCUAAGCUGAAUGAUCCCAAGAUAGAGGAUGUAUUGGAGCGAAUGUUGCAACUUCAAAAGAUAGAGCCCAAAACACUGGAAACCUUGGCAUCAUUAGCCAUGGAAUCUCCUGCUCACUACCCAUCAGUUUGUAAAAAGGCAUUGAAAAUUGCCUUCUCUCUUCAGAAGAAGCAGCCUGAUAAAGAUGUGAUGCGAUGCAGCAAAUUGCUCCACAGCCUAAUCCAGAUCUCACUCCCAACGGGAUUAACGGAAAUUGAACCCCAGGUCCUUGAGGAGGUCUGGUGGUACUAUGAGGAAGCACUCAUGAUGAUUGAAAAUUCGCAAGAGGAAUACCCAGAGGUGGAGAUGCUUUGGCUGAUGACUCGAGCUUGGAACACUGGGGCUUCCUUAUAUAGUUUUGGUAAAUACACUGAGGCGGAGAAGUGGUGUGGGCUUGGAAUGCGCUUCCUCAAACAUCUGGGAUCUCUGCGGGCGAGUUAUGAAAGCCAGUUGGUCGUGCUGACCUCAUUUGAACUUCUCAGGAGGCUUGACUGAGUAAAUGCUAAAAGGAUGUUUCCCUCAUGGGAAAAAUGUAGAAUCUGUUUAAAAAUUAUGGAUCUUCCAUUUAAGACAAAGAUGAAGAAUUUGUUCUUUUCGAGUUGUUAG